GUGGGUACCAAUAUCUGAGCAUGAACAAAAUGGGUUUCUUGGACUUUUAUUUUUGGCAGGUGUUUACCGAUCAGCAGGUGAAGCUACAGAGGAGCUAUGGGACAUAAGUGAUGGCCGGCAGAUUUUUCGUUCUGUAAUAAGUCGUGAGCGUUUUCAUACCAUUUCAAGAGUUUUGAGAUUCGACGACAAAGCGACGCGAUUAUUAAGACGCAGCAAUGACAAAUUUGCACCUAUUCGUGAGGUUUUUGACCUUUGGGUACAAACACUUUCAAAUAGUUUUAGACCAUAUGAAAAUGUUACUGUUGAUGAACAGCUGGUUCCAUUUCGUGGACGUUGUUCUUUUUGACAAUAUAUAAAAUCCAAACCAGCUAAAUAUGGGUUAAAGCUAUGGUUAUUGUGAGAUUCUAGUACCAGCUAUGUCUUAAAUGCACAAAUAUAUACUGGUCGUGUUCCUGGGGAGGGCCCAGAAAGAAAUCAAGGGCAACGAGUAGUGCAUGAUUUAGUUGAAGUCAUAAAAGGAUCUGGAAGAAAUGUUACAACGGACAACUUUUUCACAUCAGUAACACUUGCACGAGAACUUUUGGAGAAAAAAUUAAGUCUAGUUGGAACAAUGCGCAAAAAUAAAAAAGAAAUUCCAACAGAAUUUUUACCUGCUCGAACACGAGAAGUCUACUCUUCAGUGUUUGGUCACCAAGAACAAUUAACUUUAGUCUCAUAUGUUCCAAAGAAGGGAAAGUCUGUCAUUUUGCUGAGUAGCAAUCAUCGUGAUGCAGAGUUAUCAAACCGUUUUGACAAAAAACCACAGACAAAUCUGGACUAUAAUUCAACGAAAGGGGGAGUAGAUACUCUUGACCAAAUGGUAUCUACUUUUUCUACAAAGAGAAUGACCCGGAGGUGGCCUAUGGUAAUCUUUUACAACAUCCUAGAUAUAUCUGCUGUUAAUGCUUUUGUAAUUUGGAUGCAUUUAAAUCCUACAUGGAAUAAACAGAAGACACAUCGCAGAAGAGUGUUUUUAAAAGAACUUGGGAAAUCUCUGGUAGCAAACCAACUCAAGUCGAGACUGAUACUUCCAAAUUUGUCUUUAAAGUUACACGAUUCUAUUUGCGAGUCACUUAAAAAUAUUGAAAAAGGUUCUUCAAUGUCGUUCGACGAGCCACAAUAG